GUUCGACAAGAAAAGGGAAAAAAUGAAAAUGUUCACUUAUCUCACAUGGAUUCUGUUUCACGUAACUUGCAUUAAUGGCAUAACUCGACCAACAAACAUCGUGCUCCAAAAUAAUGGAUAUAUGAAUAUCUUAGUCAGUAUACAUCCAAGUGUGCCAGAGGACAAAAAUCUCAUCGAUGACAUCAAAGAUAUGUUUAAAGAAGGUUCCAGUUAUUUAUAUGAAGCAACUGAAAAAAGAGCCUAUUUCAAGGACGUCACCAUACUUGUACCAGCAUCUUGGUCUCUGACAUCAGACACAGCUUCAGAAGUGUACGAUAAUGCUGACAUAGAAUUCACUACUAGUACAUAUUUAACUAGUGGACACACUCGACAAACAAGAAGUUAUAGUGGUUGUGGAUCUCCAGGAAUCAGAAUUCAUUUUGCUCCGGAACUUUUUGACACAAAUAGAUCUAAGGUUUACGAUAUCGAUACUAUUGGACCUAGGGGUAGACUCUUAGUUCAUGAGUGGGCACAUUUUAGAUGGGGUGUUUAUGAUGAAUAUGCUAAAGAUGGUGAACAACAGUUUUACGAUUCUCCUAAGACUGGCAAAGUAGUGGGUGUGGCAUGUAAUAGUAAUAUAAGAGGUAUCAACUACCGAUUAGAGAAUGGUCAACUGGUAUUUUGUAGAAAUGUAGAUCCAGCUACCGGACGAUUCCCUGACGAGUGUCGGUAUUUACCAUACAAUCGAAGGAACACCAGAGUAUCAGCUUCCAUCAUGCACAGAGUUUAUGUGCCAAGUAUCAAAUAUUUUUGUAACGACGAUGACUUGGAUUCCAAGAGAAUCCACAAUUACGAAGCACCAAAUAAACAGAAUAGAUUGUGUGGCCAGAGAAGCACGUGGUCAGUUAUACAAGACAGUCCAGAUUUUAAAAAUAACAACAAUCCACCUAGAGAUAUACCUGAUACAACUCCUACAUUCAAAGUGGUAAAAGCGGCUAAAACCAGGAGAGUUGUUCUUGCAUUAGAUACUUCUGGGAGUAUGAUGAAUGAUGACGCAUCCAACAGAUUGCGCCAAGCUACAGCAGACUAUAUCCAUAAUGGUAUUAGUGAAGAUACAGAAGUUGGAAUCGUGUCCUUCAAUCAUAAAGCUAAAAUCAUACAUCCCAUGACAACUAUAUCAUCUACUGAAGACAGAGAGCGGAUCAAGAGAAGUUUACCACAAAAAUCUGGCGGUGCCACAAGUUUUGGUAAUGGUUUGAAAAAGGCGAUUGAGCUUCUAACAAAAAAUGGGCAAAACGCUACAGGAGCAGAAGUAAUCAUUCUAUCCGAUGGUAAAGAAACGUCUCAUCCAAAAAUUAAUGAUGUUGCGGAUCAGAUCCAAUCAUCUGGUGCGAUAGUAAACAUCUUUGCAUUCAAUCAAGAGACUGACGAAAAUCUUUCAGAUACUGCUCAUUCUUCUGGUGGACGGUUUUAUUUCGACAAUGAUCAAGACAAAUCAACAACUUUCAGUGAUGCAUUAUUUAAAUUGAGGAGAGAUCCAUCACUGAAUAGACACGAAUCUUCUAUUUUGAUGAAAAGUGACUCAGCAGUAAUAUGGAAGGGUAAAGAACUAUUAGGUAGCGCCUUUGUAGAUGCAGAUAUUGGUAGAAACACCAUUUUCACUGUAUUGUAUACCACUGAGGAACCUUUAAUAUCAAUCACCUCACCAACUGGUCGAGUUUAUAAUAGCAGGUAUCCGGAAUAUAAAAUUGAUCAUUCUUUUAAUACAGUACGGAUUGAAAUACCCGAAAUAGCUGAGAUAGGGGAGUGGAAGUACAGUGUCAAAGUCAAAGAUAAAUAUCCACAGAAGGUUACUAUCUCAAUCACAAGUAAACCACUAGAUGAUCAACGACAUCCCAUCUUUAUUGAUGGUGGGUUAUCUUCUGUAUCAAUGACAACAUUUGGAAAAGUGAUGAUCUGGGCGGAAGUUGGUAAAGGUUCUCAUCCAGUUUUAGGAAUGGAAGUAACGGCCAUUAUAGAUAGACCAUUUGCUGCUCCAACUCGACUUACUCUGAAUGACAACGGUGCAGGUGCUGAUAUCACAAAAGAUGAUGGAGUUUAUAGUAGAUAUUUUACACAGUUCAGUGGAUAUGGUAGAUAUAGUGUUAAAAUAGAAGUCAAAGAUCGGAAUGGGAGGGUACAUCUAAAGAAGACAGUUCUUACGAAAUUGGAUUAUCCUGUUAUAGAUGUUGAAUCUGGAGUGAUCAUAAGAGAGAAAAGAGAAACACAUCUAGAAGAAUUUCAAACCCGUGUCAGUCGUAGUACCAUUGCUGGUAACUUCCUUCACAAGACACGAAACAUCACAUUAGCACCAUUAACACGAGAAGAACUAGAUAUUGAUCUUAUAUCUCCUGUUAGAAUCACUGAUUUAGCAGUGAUGAAGACAUCACACCAAGAUAAAACUGUGGUAUUACAAUGGACAGCGCCUGGUGACGAUCUGGAUAGUGACACAGCAUUUAAAUACGAUAUUCUUAUGGCAAAUAAUGCUGAAGAUAUGUUGAAGAAAGAAAAGAGUUCUAGAAUACUAUCGCAAGAAGAUGUUAUGCAUGGCAAUCUAAUGGCACCACAAGAAGCAGGAAUUCCAGAAACUUUCAUACUGAAGAUACCUUUGACACCAGGAUUGAACACAUCAUUUGUGUUCUCUGUCCGUGCUGUAGAUGAGCAAGGGAAUAUGGGUGAAAACUCAAACUUUGUGACGAUAGGAUUUGGCUAUGUACCAGAUUUUACACAUAGUGGUUACCAACCAAUCGAAGUUGUUACUCAAGAUCCUUAUGAACCCUCAACCACUGAUAUUAAUGUUCUUGUUGGGAUCGUAGGCAGUCUUGCAGCAGCUAUAUUAUUCACUAUAAUAUUGUCAUUGUUCUUACACAAAUUUGUUGGAAAUGAUAAGAAUAUUCUACAUCAUAACUUAAAGACAGGAAGUGUUGUGUAGCAAAAUCUUGAGGCCAAUGUGACUUUCUCCUUUGCAAGCAUUCUGUGAUAAUUGACCAUACAAUACUACAAGUCUUAAACCUGAAUAAAAAGUGAGUGUUUCUCUCUUGCUGUU